AUGAAGCUCUCGGCGGUCCUGACAGUGACGGUUCUAUUUGGAGGUGCCGCAGCUCUGCCUACAUUGUUCCCGCGACUCUAUAUGGAGCCUUGCGGUGAUGGAGCUGGAGUCUGCAUGACAGGAAUCGAAUGUGGUUUUCAGAGAGGUCGGUCCCUGGGGAGUUGCGUUCUUGGGACCUGUUGUCGCCUGGAGAAAACUUGUGGAGGGAGAAUCGUGGCGAACAAUACGUACUUCGUGAGUCCGUAUGAGUCCGUACGCGGUGGAUCCUCAUGCAGCGUCGAAGUUCAGAAGAAAUGGCACAUCUCUGGGAUUUGUCAAAUGAGAUUAGAUUUCAUCGAAUUCGACACCGUUGGACCUAACUUUGCCACGGGUGCUUGCAUCCAUGAUUCGUUCAGCGUGUCUGGAGCCGAUCGAUCGGUGCCAACCAUAUGUGGCCGCAACAACAAACAGCACAUGUACAUCGAUGUCAGGAAUGCGCGCAGCAUCCGUCUGAAUGUUAACCUCGGUCAAAACUCCACGAGCAGACAGUGGAAAAUUCGCGUCAGCCAGAUUCCCUGUUAUUCCGAGCGGCUUGCGCCGCCAAAUUGCUUGCAAUAUUUCGAAGAAGACUCCGGGAUAAUAUCCAGCUUCAACUACGGGAGCCUCUUCAACGAUUCUUCUUAUCCCUUGGAUUUGAGAUAUCGGAUGUGCUUCCGGGACGCUUGCAUCGUGCAAUUGACCCAAGUCGGAGCAUUUGGUCUCGGAGAGAAACCCGAGGCAUCGGGCCGGCUCGCCGAUAAUCUUGGGGAAUUGUCUGACAGAAUCUGCGACGACUUGACAAGUUACGACGAGAACAGGAAACGGAAAGCGUAUCUCACCAUCGACGGAAUCAAGUUCUGCGGGAACAAAUUCCUACGUAGUUUCCGAACAAGGAAUGCGAUAUCAUCCAUCGGAUUCAAUUCACCAGAGAGAGAAGAAGGACGCGACGACUACGGUAGGGCACCUUAUCCUGGCUUCCAGCUCCAAUACAAGAGCAAUUGCGGGAGGCAAUGAAGAUCGCGGAUUCGUUGCUACAACCCC